AGAGCUACUCCCAAAGACAUCAAAAUCUAUCACCAAAGCUGCUUCUCCUUCUACUCCUCUUCCUCCUCCUCUCGCCCACGCCACACUCGCGCACAUCACUUGAUAACCAACAGAAUCCGAUCGGUCACUUUCGGAUCAGUUUUUAGGGUGGAAUCAACAACGGUGGAGAUGGGGAGAGAAUGAGGGUGAGAACCGGCGGCCGAGGUUGGAGCCAGUCAUUUCAAUUCGCUGUGUCAACAUGUCGGUUUCCUGUUCCGAUUGCUUCACCGACCUACUCUGCUGCGAGGAUUCCUGCGAUGUCUUCUCCGGAGAGUCGCCGGAAUGUUCGUCGGAGUUCGAUUCCUCAGCUUUCGUCGAGGAAUCCUCAAUCGCCGGUUUCAUUGAAGACGAGAGGAACUUCGUCCGCAGAUUCGACUACCUCACUCGAUUUCACUCCCAAUCGCUCGACGAAUCGGCUCGAGAAGAGUCGGUUGCAUGGAUUCUAAAGGUUCAAGCUUUUUAUAACUUUCAGCCGUUAACUGCGUACCUUUCCGUCAACUACAUGGAUCGGUUCCUUUGUUCUCGCCGUUUGCCGGUGAGCUUCCGUCCAUGUCCAUUUCUGCUAUUGUAAAUUUGUAACGGUCCAAGUAGUCUGACAGAUUAGCUGGACAAUUCCGGAUCCGGAAUUUCAGUGAUUAAUGUUUUUGACUAUUUGUUUAUUCUUUUUGACUUUUCAACGAAGAUGAGAAGGGGCGGUAUCUCACUACGGUCUACAGUAGUAAAUACUUCUGAGCACUGGGUCCUUUUUUAAGAUUUUAUAAUUGUUGUCCCAUGGUAUUACUCUGAGCAUUAAUAAACCGCAAGGAUAAUC